AUGGCUGAGGUUGGUCGCAAACGCGCGCUUGAAGGCGACGCGCCUGUAACUGUUCGAAAGAAGUUGAGACCGUCCGAACUUCCACUCUCACAGACCAAGCGAUCGGCCAUCGACAGUUUAGUGCACACGUUCCGCAAAAAGGGACAAUAUGACAGCAUACGGAAGGAGCUCAUGGCCCAGUAUACCUCAGGUCCUGCCAAAGACGAACUCGUCUCCGCCCUCCGAGAACUGGUAGAUCGUGAAACCGACCGCAACCCUUCGCUCCUGUCCAAAGACCCUCGCAUGGCGACCACCCUCAUUGAAGGUGCUGGCGAACGUAGCGACAUCUAUGGUAAUAUUAUGAAGACUGUUAAUGGGCUUCUUGAUAAGUUGAUCGAAGAGCAAGGUUUACCAAAGAUGCGAGAAUAUCGCAUCCAGGAAAUCGGUGAGGAGGCCGCUGCAGAAGAGCAGAAGCGAGGUAACAAGACUGAAGAGGAAUGGGCACAGGAGGCUGAGGCCAGGCGACAGAAGCGCGAGGCCAUUCGAGAGAAGGAAUUAGAGCAAGAGCGUGAACGGGAGCGAGAAGAGCGUGCGAAACGAGAAGAACGCAAACGCCGGGAGCGUGAAGAACACGAGGCGCGUGAGAAGGCUCGUCAAGAAGAAAAGGAGCGGAGGCGCAAGGAACGUGAACAACGCGAGAAGGAGGAAGAAGAGCGGCGGAGGAAAGAGAAAGAGCGUGUUGAGAAGGAAAGGGAAGAGGAGCGGAUACGGAUCAAGAAGGAGAGAGAAGAGCACGAGAAGAGUCGCGAGGCCCGACUCAAAAAAAUUCGUGAAGAAGACGCUGAGCGCGAGCGCCGCAUACAAGAAGAGCUUGAAAGGGAUGAACGAGCCAGAGGUGGACGUUCACGCGGAGGGCGAGCCCGCAGUCGGACUCCCGAUCGUAGGGAUCGUCGAGGCCGGGAUCGCAGUAGGCGUAGAAGCAGGAGUAGGUCUCGGUCGCGAGAGCGCACUAGGCCGAUCAGGCCCGAGGAAGUCGACGACGAUCUUGCCUUGCAGAUUCUUCUACAAGAAAGCGAACAGAUCAAAAAGUCACGCCAGAGACCUAUCCUCGAACGAUCCGAAUCUCUCGAGCCACCCAUGCGGAAAGCGCAGCCUCCAAAGUCACUUGUGCCUCGUGAUCCAGCCACUGUCAGGCUCGCGAAGCUCGAGAGCAAGGUUACUUCACCAGCACUGAGAUCGCCCAGCAAGGGCCCUGGCUCUCCUGCUGCAUCAGCCUCCGCAAUGGCCCACAAGGACGAAGACACGCUUAUGGAGGAUGCUCCCUCAAUCCACGAUUCACCAUCCAAAUCCCGCUGGGACUACCCACCCGAUUUACCAGCGAAACGAGACAAGACCCGUGGUCGCACUCGAUCUCGCAGCGUCGCUCGAAGCACAGCAACCAGGAAGCGCAGCAAGACUCGCUCCCCAUCGCGUGGUAGCCGCUACGACAGACGUGGUUCACGUGUCGAAGACCGCCGCUCGCGUCGUGACGAUGACAAGCACUGCUAUCGACCCCGCAACGACAGCCGACGCCGUGACGACAGAGGAUCCCGUCGUAGUCGCAGCCGCUCCCGUGAAACACACACGAGCCGUCGCAAAUCGCGCAUCGACACUCGGAGCCCUUCACCAGCAAAUGAAGACGGUACCAAAGAUCGCUCCCGCUCUCGUUCACGAGGCGGCCGACGAGCACGUGAUCGUACACCCCCGCCCCGUCGUCGCGGUGGCAGACACUCACGCUCCAGAAGUCCCGAGAAUAUUGAUAGGUAUGUUCCCGGUGGUGGAGUAGCUCCCCCUUCCACGCGUAAACAUGACGACAGCCGUGAUCGUGAUCGUGAUCGCGAUCGUGAUCGUAAACACGAAGAGGGCCGCAACCGUAAGCGUAAUGAUAGUCGGCCGCGCAAACGAGAUGAUAGUCGUGACCGUGAGCGAAAGAGGGGAUAUAGGUCACGCGACUACGAUCGUUGGGAAGGGGGGAGGGAGAGGGCGAGUCGACGUCAGGAAUCUGAUUGCUACCAGCCUGGUGCUGCCUCAGCGGGUGCGGACAAUAAAGAUAGGGACAGGAAGCCUAGGGAUCGAAGUCGGAGUCGCAGUCGUCCGAGGAGGGAUGACGGGGACAGAAGGAGAAGGAGAAGUCGGACUAGGAGUCGUAGUCGUAGUCGGAGACGUUGA